AUGGUUCAGUUCACUCAUCUUCUCCUAGCAGCUGCCGCUCUCACUGGCGCCACGUUCGCCGACAGCAACCCCUGGGAGGGUAAAGAUCGAUACGUCCCUGAGAGCUACGGCAAAAAACUCGACCAAACUAUCAAGGCCUUCGAGAAGCAGGGAGACAAACUCAAUGCCGCCCGCACGCGUACCGUCGCGGAAAAGAUCUCUACCUUCACCUGGGUGACCUCGCGCGCUCAUCUCUCCAACAUCACUACGGCGAUCAAGGAAGCCCGUGAUCAAAAGGGUCGUCGUAACGGCAUGAUGGUCGGUCUGGUGCUUUACAACCUUCCUGACCGCGACUGUUCGGCUGGCGAGUCAGCCGGAGAGCUCGAAAGCGCCAACAACGGCCUGAAGGUAUACAAGAAGGACUUCAUCGACAAGUACGCUCAGCUUGUCUCCAAAGCCCCGGAUCUUGAGUUCGCCAUCGUAGUAGAGCCAGAUAGUCUGGGCAACGCGGUUACCAACCAGGCCAUUCCGAAGUGUGCGACCGCUACGCCUAUCUACGAGGAGGGCAUCGCAUAUGCGAUCUCCAAGCUCCAGUUCCCUAAUGUCCAUUUGUACAUCGACGCCGCGCACGGCGGAUGGCUGGGCUGGGCCGACAAUCUUCCUCUCACGGCUGACGUCUUUGCACGUGUCGUUACUGCGGCAAAGAAACUGAACAAAAACUCCAAGGUCCGCGGUUGGGCAACCAACGUUUCCAACUAUAACCCCUUCAACGCCAAGGUACGCGAGAACUACACCGAGUACAAUCCUUCCUGGGAUGAAAAUCAUUUCGCCCAGUCUCUCGCACCAUUUCUCGCAGCCAAAGAUCUUCCUACACAUUUCAUAACCGAUCAAGGUCGUGUCGCUAAGCCGGGUGCGCGCGCGGAAUGGGGUGAAUGGUGUAAUGUCGAGCCAACUGGUUAUGGUCCGCGCCCAUCCACCAUCACCAACAACACUCUCAUUGACAGCCUCGUAUGGAUCAAACCAGGUGGGGAGAGCGACGGUGCAUGUGGGCUUGCGGGCGCACCAAAGGCUGGUGUGUGGUUUGACUCGUAUGUCCAAAUGUUGGUCAAGGAAGCUGACCCGCCCCUCGAACCGACUUACAAGAAGAAGGGCUGA